AUGUUGAAGGUCCUCACUGUGGAUGCCAUUCUCUUUGGCCUCCUGGUCUUCUCUGGUAUCUUGGGAAACCUCCUGGUCAUCUAUGUGGUGUAUCAGUCGGCCCUUGAGACUCCAUCUCAUCACCUGCCCCCCUCCAGUGCCAUCUUGAUGAACCUGUCCCUGGCCAACCUGCUGACCACUGUUUUCCGUACAGUGCCCAUCUUUCUGUCGGACCUGGGCUUGCAGAUCACCCUGGAGCUGGGUUGGUGUCGUGUCUUCAUGCUGCUGUGGGUGUGGUGGAGGGCAGUGAGCUGUUGGGCCACCCUGGCACUAAGCACCUUCCACUUUGUCACCCUGCGUAGACAGCAGGUAGCCAUGGGCUCCUUGGCGCAACAGCAGGAACGGCGGCGUGUCUGGGUCGCUCUGGGACUUGUAUGGGGGGGCAACUUUGUCCUUUCACUGCCGGCAGUUGUCUACACCAACCAUGUGCAUGACAAUGCUACCGUAGAGCUCAUGGUGAUCAGCUCCACCACACGCCCCCUGUUGGGCUGCACCUGGGAGUUCCCUACCGAGGUCCAGGGCGUUGCCUUUGCUUCUGCCUCCCUGGCCAUCAAUGAAGUGACCCCUCUGCUGCUCAUGAUUGGGACCAACCUGGGCACACUUCAUGCACUGGCCAAGCAUAUCCGCAGCAUCACAUCCGCUGGCAUCAGUGGGCACAUGGGCUCUGACCGACACAUGUCCACGGAGCGCAAGGCUGGCCAUGUCAUCAUGGCACUGGUGACACUUUUUGUGGGCUGCUGGGUGAUGCAAGUGGCAGCUGUGACCUACUACAACCACAACAGAGGGCAGCAUGCAGAAGCCCUGGUAACAGUCUCCCAGUUCUCUGCCUCACUCUUCAUGGGCUUUAGCCCUCUGGUGGUGGCACUGGGGCAUGGGAAGCUGAGGAAGAAGAUCCAAAGCACAAUUUUUAGACGACUUAAAAGGAAGACCACUCCAGAUGGGACUGGGGUAGAAAAGAUUGUAUCGAGCAUCCAAGAGAAUAAGGGAAAACAAGGUGGAGUGUAA